AUGGCAGCAACAGCUAACAUCUCAAAGAAACGCAAAUUUAUUCGUGAAGGUGUUUUUCAUGCUGAACUUAACGAAUUUUUUACCCGAGAAUUAGCUGAAGAUGGCUACUCCGGACUUGAAGUUCGUGUAACACCUCAACGAACAGAAAUUAUUAUUAUGGCAACAAAAACUCAACAAGUACUUGGUGAAAAAGGUCGUCGUAUUCGUGAAUUAACAUCAGUUAUUCAAAAACGUUUUGGUUAUGCCGAUGGUUCAAUUGAAUUAUUCGCACAAAAAGUUGUUUCACGUGGUUUAUGUGCUAUUGCACAAGCUGAAUCAUUACGUUACAAACUUAUGGGUGGCCUUCCAGUACGACGAGCAUGUUACGGUGUUUUACGUUUUAUCAUGGAAUCCGGUGCUCAAGGUUGCGAAAUUAUUGUUUCAGGUAAAUUACGUGGUCAACGUGCUAAAGCUAUGAAAUUUAUUGAUGGUUUGAUGAUUCAUUCGGGUGACCCAGUCAAUGAUUACGUACAAUUCGCAGUACGACACGUUCUUUUACGUCAAGGUGUACUUGGUAUUAAAUGUAAAAUUAUGUUACCAUAUGAUGCAAAAGAAGGCAAAGGUGCAAAGAAACCAUUACCUGAUCAUAUUUCAAUCGUACAACCUAAAGAAGAAACACCAAUUGUUACUCCAUAUUCCGAACCAAAAGAAAGAAAAGCUGAACCAUUACCGCAACAAAUUGCUCAUCCAGGACAAUUACCUCCUCAACAACAACAACAACAGCAGCAACCAAUACAACAACAACAACAACAACCAGGUGCGCCAGGAAACUUUGGAUAUUAA